UUUGCCGAUUAAUGAAUUAGCCUGUGUAUUGAUCAAUACAAAUAUGGGGAACAAUCAGUCUUGGAGGAAAACUAAAGAUAAUAAAAGCUUCAUAGAGACUGAAAAAUACUUAAAAGAAAAGGUCAAGAUACAUUCUGGAACGCCACUUAGACUGUGCUUGAUCGGACACACGGGGGCAGGAAAGUCUUCAUUUAUCAACUCAAUAUUCACGGUGUCAAGAGGACAAAUAUGCGACAUGUCAACAGAAAAUAAUGACCGAUUGGGCGGUGUCGGCACGCAUGUGUUUCGGCGUAUCAGGUCAGGCGAAAACGAUAUCUUUCAAGAUGUCGAGAUCUUUGACAGCAUGGGCCUAACUGAAUCACUCGGAAGUGACAAAGUCGACGGAAUCAAAAUGGAAGACCUUAAACACAUGUGUGAAGGACGCAUCAAACCUGGUCAUACGUUUAACCAGGACACAGUGAACUCAGAAGGUGAACGGAAGUACCAACCACAUUGCGUUAUAUUUGUUAUUAGCGCUGAAACUCUCCUAGAAAUUGAAAAUGGACACAAGAGUGUUCUGUCUCAGAAAUUACAAAGUCUUCACUCCAUCGUUCCAGAAGAGAUAGCGCGGAUAACAGUCAUCACGAAAUGUGACAAAAUAUGCUCAACGGUUACUGCAGAUAUAGCAAAUGUUUACAGCAGUCGUAAAAUAUAUGAAGUUGUAGACAUCGCUUCAAAACUCUUUGGCGUAGCGGAAAACAGAGUGUUUCCUGUUGUGAACUACGUUAAUCAAAUAGAAAGCGACGCGAUUUUUAACGUUCCUAUUCUUUAUCCUCUCCUGUUUGCCUUAAACUUUAGUUUGAACAGAGUACAAGUUUCAGGUACAUCAUCUGAUUAACUGGUGGAUGACCCAAAUGAGCUUUUGCUUGC